GGUGAGAGUGGAGCUGGGAAGACGGAGAGUACAAAACUGCUGCUAAAGUUUUUGUCUGCUAUGAGCCAGCAUGCUCCUGGAGUCCCAGUGAGUGAAAAGAGCACCCAUGUGGAAAAUGCUAUCUUGGAGAGCAGUCCAAUUAUGGAAGCCUUUGGAAAUGCCAAGACUGUUUACAAUAACAAUUCCAGUCGCUUUGGGAAAUUUAUAAAGCUGCACUUCUCUCAGCAUGGCAAUAUUCAUGGAGGUCGUAUUGUUGACUAUUUGCUCGAGAAGAACCGUGUUGUGCGACAAAACCCUGGGGAGAGAAAUUAUCAUAUAUUUUAUGCACUACUUGUUGGUACAGAUAAAGAACAGAGAGAUGCAUUUUGUCUCUCAAGUGCCAAAUCCUUUCACUAUUUGAAUCAAUCAGGCUGUAUCAAGGAUGAGAACCUUGAUGAUAAACAGAUUUUUGAUAAUGUCAUGACUGCCUUACGAGUAAUGGAGUUCAGUGAAGAAGAGAUACAUGACAUUUUCAAACUGCUUUCUGGUGUCUUACAGCUAGGAAACCUUGAGUUUAUGACAGCUGGUGGGGCCCAGAUUACAACCAAAGCAGAACUGACAAAUGCUAGCGAUCUUCUGGGAUUAGACUCGUUCCAACUUUCCGAGGUUCUUACUCAGCGCUCCAUGAUUCUUCGAGGAGAAGAGAUCAGCUCACCCUUAACUGUUGAGCAGGCUGUUGACUCGAGGGACUCUAUGGCUAUGGCCUUGUACUCCCAGUGCUUUUCCUGGCUCAUCAGCAAGAUCAACUCCAGGAUAAAGGGCAAAGACAACUUUAAAUCUGUAGCCAUUCUUGACAUCUUUGGUUUUGAAAACUUUCAGGUAAACAGCUUUGAACAGUUCAGCAUUAACUAUGCUAAUGAGAAGUUGCAGGAAUAUUUCAACAAACAUAUCUUUUCACUGGAACAGCUGGAAUAUAAUAGAGAAGGAAUAAACUGGGAAGCCAUUGACUGGAUGGACAAUGCCGAAUGUCUAGACCUUGUGGAAAAGAAACUGGGUAUACUGGCUUUAAUUGAUGAGGAAUCUCGUUUUCCAAAGGGAACAGACCAUACCCUACUGGAAAAGCUGAACAAUCAACAUGCUAGCAACCAUUUUUAUAUGAAGCCAAGAGUUACAGACCACCAGUUUGGAAUCAAGCAUUAUGCUGGAGAAGUUUUAUAUAAUGUGAAAGGAUUUUUGGAGAAGAACAGAGACACAUUCCGUGAUGAUAUCCUAAAUAUGUUGAAAGACAGCAGGCUAGAUUUCAUCUAUGACUUGUUUGAGAAUGUGUUGAGUCGAAGCAGUGAAGAAACACAAAAGAUGGGUACACAACGCCGGAAGGCCACUGUCAGUUCUCAGUUUAGGGACUCCCUCCACUCCUUAAUGGCCACUCUCAACACUUCAAACCCAUUCUUUGUACGUUGCAUCAAGCCAAACAUGGAAAAGGCAUCCAACAAGUUUCACCCGGAAGUCGUUUUAAACCAGCUGCGGUAUUCUGGGAUGCUUGAAACUGUGAAGAUCCGUAGAGCUGGCUUCCCAGUUCGCAGACAGUUUCAGGAUUUUAAUUCAAGGUACAAGAUGCUAAUGAGAAAUCUGAAAAUUUCCCAGGAAGAGAAAGGCCGUUGCGCAGCUCUGCUUACAUCCUUUGACAGCAACAAACGUGAAUGGCAGCUGGGAAAGACUAAGGUUUUCCUGCGGGAAGCUCUGGAGCAGAAGCUGGAGAAAGAUCGGGAUGAGGAACUGAGGAAGGCUGCUGUACUUAUCCAAGCUCGUGUCUUAGGCUACAUGGCAAGGAAGAAGUACAAGGUGAUCCUGUCUAGUGUAGUAACCAUCCAGAAGAACUACAGGGCCCACUUCUUCAGGCGUAUUCAUCUAAGACUGCGUGCCGCUGUUGUCAUUAUCCAGAAACAUCAUCGAGGCCAACUAGCAAGAAAACUCUACAAGCAGCUCUUGGAGGAGAAACGGUUGGAGGAAGAACGUAAACGACGAGAGGAAGAGGAACGGCGAAGACGUGAAGAGGAGGAAAAGAGAAGGAGAGAGGAAGAAGAAAUGAAAAGACAGGAGGAGGAAGAAUUGAAGAGAAGACUAGAAGAAGAAGAGCGAUUACGCAGGGAAGAGGAGGCUAUAAGAGAAAAGGAGAAGCUAGAGGCAGAACUGCUGGCCAGACAGGAAGAAUUACAAAAGCAGACAUUACAGGAAGAAGAAAUUAAAGAUUUGGAUGCAGAAGAAAGUCAGCAGAUGGCGGAGAUUGUACGACUGGAAAGGGAGAUUGAGCGGCUACAACAGCAGAAGGAAAAUGGCAUUUCUGUUUGUGAUAGUACCCAUAAUGAGGUCAACCGCAAGCGUGAUGAAGAAAUCCAACGUCUGGAAAAGGAAGCUUCAAGAGUUGCUCAGGAGUUCUUGGAACAGCUUGAUUUUGGUAACUUGGAUGAGUAUGGUAACAGCUUGGAUCAGUCCCAGUCUAGCGAUGGAAACUUCAGUGCAGAGGAGUCUAGGCUUGUAGCACCAUUGGCUGAGGAAGAGGAGGAUGAGGGAUUUCAUGCAGAUGAUGAACCACAGGAAGCUGCAACACCUCUGCAGUCUGAUCAGCAUAGUGAUAACUACUCAGAGGAGGACCUUUAUGUGAACUUUCCUCUUCCUGGCAAAGGAAGAAAGUUGGUGGAAAGUAAUUACAUUCAGGGAAAUAUUCAGUCGUGUACUGAAGUCAGUCCUCUGCCUGGCCUGGAGGUAAUUGACACUACUUCAGAGCAAGCUCAGGAUAUCUAUACGACACUGUCUGAAAGUGCAGACAGUUUUUGUGAAAUGGAAGACCCAAUCUAUAGUAUCCCACCAGAUGUUGAGUCUGAUUAUGACCAUGACGAGUUUGAUGAUACCAUGGGUAGUUCAGGGGAUGCAGCUAGCACACUUGAUGGAAUUUAUGUUGAUGAAGAGGAAGCUCUGAGAAAAUCCACUGGUACCUUUAACAGCAUGGACUCUUAUCGAUACAGUCAAGACUCUUUCAUGGACAGUGAAGAAGAGGGAGAUGUCUGCAAUGACACAGAUGAGGAGUUCUCCAUUAGUAGAGUAACUAUGUUCAAUGGUAUGGGACCUCCUUACUUCCACAGCUACCUGUACAUGAAAGGAGGCCUGAUGAACCCUUGGAGAAGGCGUUGGUGUGUGCUGAAGGAUGAUACAUUUAUGUGGUUCCGAGCCAAGCAGGAAGCUCUCAAGUCAGGAUGGUUGUACAAGAAAGGAGGCGGCAUGUCUACAUUAUCACGUCGUAACUGGAAACGUCGUUGGUUUGUGUUGAGAGAGUCAAAACUAAUGUACUUUGAAAAUGAUAGUGAAGAGAAGUUGAAGGGGACUGUCGACAUCCAGAAAGCCAAAGAAAUUGUUGACAUUCGUGAAAAAGAAAAUGCCUUUGAUAUUGUGACAGAAGAUCGAGUUUAUCACAUUGUAGCUGAAUCUCCUGAAGAUGCAAGUGGUUGGUUCAACGUCCUGAGUCGCGUGCAUAGUGCUACAGAUGCACAGCUACGAGAAAUGCGAGAUGAACAGGCUAACCCAAAGAAUGCAAUGGGUACAGUUGAUGUGGGCCUCAUUGACUCUGUUUGUGCCUCAGACAGUCCUGACAGACCUAACUCCUUUGUAAUCAUCACGGCCAAUCGGGUAAUUCACUGUAACACAGACACUCCCGAGGAGAUGCAUCACUGGAUAUGUCUUCUGCAGAAGCCCAAAGGGGACACUCGCAGUGACGGACAGGAGUUCCUAGUCAGAGGGUGGCUGCAGAAAGAAAUAAGAAGCAGUGGCAAGACCUCCUCACUGAAACUGAAGAAGCGCUGGUUUGUACUGACCAACACUGCUCUAGAUUACUACAAGUCAUCUGAAAGGAAUGCCUCCAAACUUGGAACACUUGUGCUUAACAGCCUGUGCUCUGUUGUCCAGGCAGAUGAAAAGGUUUUCAAAGAAACAGGUUACUGGAAUAUUGUCAUUCAUGGACGGAAGCACUCUUACAGACUCUACACUAAGCUACUAAAUGAGGCCACAAGAUGGGCAUCUGCCAUCCAGGGAGUCAUCGACAGUAAGGUUCCUAUUGAGACCCCCACACAGCAGCUGAUCCGGGAUAUUAAGGAGAACAGUUUGAAUUCAGAUGCAGUUGAACAGACGUACAAGAGGAACCCAAUCCUGAGGUACACCCAACAUCCACUCCACUCUCCUGUGCUGCCAUUACCAUAUGGAGAUGUCAGCUUAAACCUUCAAAAGGAGAAGGGUUACACUACUUUGCAAGAUGAGGCUGUAAGGAUAUUCAACUCCCUGCAAGAGAUGGAGACCGUCACAAACCCAGUUCCUAUCAUCCAGGGGAUUUUGCAGACUUGCCAGGACCUAAAACCACUCCGGGAUGAAGUAUACUGUCAGCUGAUCAAACAGACCAAUCACGUUCCUCUCCCUAACAGCCGAGGCAACCUGCACCACUGGCAGCUGCUAACCUGCAUGAGUUGCACUUUUCUGCCAACUCGAGGGAUCCUUCGAUACCUAAAAUUCCACCUAAAGAGAAUCAAAGACCAGUUUAAUGGUACAGAAGUAGAAAAGUAUGCUCAUUUCAUCAGUGAAUCUCUGAAGAAGACCAAGUCCAGGGAGUAUGUACCAUCCCAGGAUGAGAUAACUGCUUUGCUCACCCGGGAGGAAAUGACCACAACAGUUUACUGCCAUGGUGGGGGUUCUUGUAAAAUCUCAAUCAACUCACACACAACAGCUGGAGAGGUUGUUGAAAAACUUAUCAGAGGCCUUGCUAUGGAAGAUAGCCGCAAUAUGUUUGCUCUCUUUGAGCACUGGCGCAAUGUGGAUAAGGCUAUAGAAAGUCGAGUGAUAGUAGCAGAUGUAUUGGCAAAGUUUGAGAGACUUGCUGGCACUGAGGAAGAAGAGGAAGAUUCUCCAUGGCAGCUGUAUUUUAAACUCUACUGUUUCCUAGAUAUUGACAGGGUUCCCAAAGAAGGCGUAGAGUUUGCUUUUAUGUUUGAACAGGCACAUGAAAAUCUUAUUGAUGGACACUUCCCUGCUCCUGAGGAAACUCUACAGCAUCUGGCAGCUUUGAGACUCCACUAUCUGUAUGGAAGCUGCUCCAAGGUUGCCUGGGCCUUGGAGAAUGUGUACCCUGUCUGUCGGGUUAAGAAUAAAAUCAUGCAGUCUACAAAGAGCAGUGGUGCCCACACACUUGAGAGAAGACGGACAAGCUUCUUGGAGGGAACCUUGAAACGCAGCUUCAAAGCUGGAUCAGUGAAGAAACAGAAGAUGGAGGAAGAGCAGAUGUUGGAGAUGUGGGUGAAGGAGGAACUGUCAGCCACUCGUACAGGUAUACUUGAGAAAUGGGAGCGGCUACCUGGAGUUUCACAGCACCAGGCUAUGGUCAAGUACAUGACCAUCGUAAAAGAAUGGUCGGGAUAUGGGUCUACUCUGUUUGAUGUUGAGUGCAAAGAAGGAGGGUUUCCGAAUGACCUCUGGCUGGGAGUUAGUGCAGAAAACGUGUCUGUGUAUAAACGUGGUGAUCCAAAACCCUUAGAAACAUUCCAGUAUGAGCACAUUGUGUUUUUUGGGGCUCCUCAGCCGAACACCUACAAAAUCACAGUAGAUGAGCGAGAGAUGUUCUUUGAAACACCUCAGGUGGGAGAAAUCACUAAAAUCAUGAGAGCAUAUAUUAAUAUGAUUGUGAAGAAGCGCUGCAGUGUGAAAUCUGUAACCAGUCAGGAAAGUCAGAGCAGCACUUGGACAAGGUGAUGAAGAACAGUUCUGCAGCCGAUCUUGCACAGCAGUGUCCGUGAACCAUAGGUUGACAGUAGGAGUGGUCGCCAUCCUAGGGUUUUCAGACAUCUACAUCAGCAGGAAGAAAUAUAUUAAAUAACCUGUAGCUGUUAUUAAGCAUAUAUGGUUCUUAAAAAAUAGCCAUGCUGUAGUUUGCAACAGUAAAUGAACAGGUUAAGAUCCUUCAUAUUUCAUGCUGCCAUCCAAAGAGGAAACUAUAGAUAGCUUUUUUUAAAUUAACAAGAGACUUACAUAUUACUUUACCUCUGUCAUUGUUGGAGAAAGAAAAAAUUGGACAACAGAAAAUGAAAAGUUCAUAUUCACCAGAAAUGCAAUACAUUAUUCCUUAUGUGAAUUCACAUUGCUUUUGCUGAAACACUGCCUUAAGAAGGUUUACUUCCACCAGGAUAUUGAGAUGCCUUUAAGUGAAAUGUAAAGCCACUUUUCUCCCCCUCAGAAACGGGCACCAUUUCAAUGGACCAUCCUUGGUCAAACAGAAUACCGUGGAAGGGUGAGGACGUAUGAUUUUGGUGUUGCACGCUGAUUGGAGGACUAGAAAUUACAGUCCUCUUGUCUCAUACUGCUGUUACAGAAUACUGUAGUUCUUGGGAGGGCUGCCGGCAGCCACAACCCAGGUUAAGUGCGCCUUUUUAUUAUUGUCAGAAUACUUUUCUAUUGUUUUUUGUUUUUAUUUGUAACUGGCUUUACAAGAUGCUUUAAUAAAUUAUUGAACAACCAUUCAGGUUUUUAAG